AUGUCGUCGCGUAUCGAAAAGGGUGGUGCUCGGUUCAAGCCCUCCAUCGUCCCGAGGAAGUCAACAGGAGGAGCUGCCACAAGUGGCGGAACACCAGUGACCGCUUCACCGCAAGCGGCACUUCCUACACAACAACCCACUCCAAGCUCCUCCAGUGGUCCCCCUCCAUCUCCCUCGCUUACUCCCGUAGUCACAGCCCGACACUCGCGCCCACCAUCCGUUCGCAGCAAAGAUUCGGCCGUCGCCCCUACUGCAAUUCCGCCGUCGGUCUCACAACCAUCUGCGACGCAAGCUGGCUCGUCCAAGAGCUAUGCCUUCAAUGUCUCUCCUUCCAUCAUCAACAAGCCAGGUGCCAGCACGACUACUCGCACCAGCGUCACCGCCGGGCAGACCUCAUCCAGCGCUUCCAAAGCGAAGCCUGUGUUCCGCAGACCAUCCGUCUCGAAACCUCGUCCAGGCUCCAGGGCGUCCCUCACUCCGGCGCCAAACUUUGCGCACCCUCCCGCACCUGCGUCACAGCCCUUGCAGCCGCUAAGCGAGCACGCGACACGCACCGAUAUUCCUCCCAGUGUCGGCGGCGCUGCAAGCGACACAGUUUCAGAGGUAGCUCCGGCUCGUGCCGACGCGACCCGGGUUCCGCUCCAAACCGAUCUCAUCAUCGACAAGGCUUCCCAGCCUGAUCCUCUGCAAGUGCCGCUCCGAUCUAGCAGGUCAAGAGGUGCAAGCACUACGCAGGCCGAGGUCACGACCGCUAUAAAAGAGAGUGCCUCUCAACAGGAAACCGCGCCAUCCUCGCGUUCUCAACGUAGGGCAGCGGUGACUGCUGCUGCGCCAUCGGCCCCUCUGACCGAGCUGAACGGGACCGCCAAUCCUGUUUCCUCGUCCAGGAAAGGAAAGGCGCGCGAAAUCUCACAGACGAGCAAAGCGGGAGACGGCCUCGCAUCGGCGCAAGGUGUCAAGGCUGGAUCGCAGGCUGCUGGUACGGCUGCGCUGGCCACCGAUGCCGAAAAAGCUGCGAGUGCAGCCCAACGUAGACUCGAUGCGGCUGCUCGUCUGCAAAAACGCCGACUCAAGCGCAAAGAGCUCUCCUCUGGGAAGCCCAGGCGUCCUCUAUCCGCCUACUUGCUCUUCGUCAAUUCGGUGCGCUCGCAAAGACAGACUCAAAAUCCGGACAUGCCCCUCACAGAGCUCACAGCCGAGAUAGCCGCCGAAUGGCGUGAGCUCGAGCCUGCGCAACGAACCAAAUGGGAAGCAGAGGCUUCCUUGCUGCGCCAGCAGUACGACACGGCCCUCGACGCCUGGAAGCUUGCACACCCAGAGGGCGUAUCGCUUGGUCCCGAGGACGAGAGCGAUAUGGAGACGACGUCGGAAAUCGACGAGGAUGGCGAACCCAUCCGUCGCAAGAAGCGUCGCAUCACUGCGUCUCGUAAGCCACACACCGUUUCGGACGAUGAGGAAGAGUAUCGCAAGCAGGUAUUUCACGAAGGUGAACAGCUCGCAUCCAGCCGCAUCGAUCCGGAAAACAUCACCAUGGCCGACAUCAGCACGGCCGACUACAGGAAAGGUCGCGCUGGUCCACGGACCUUCGAAGCGGAUCGCGUCUACAAGAGGCUGGUACAUGACAGACGCGCAGCUGCCAAGUCGGCGCUGCUCGGCGAGCACGUGUUGGGCGAGAAAGUCAACCACGCUUCGCCGUCGCCCGCGCCAGCCGCAAACAUCAUCCGAACGGCCAACGGCGUUCCCGUCGCCACGGGUGCUGAAGAGGCGCUUCAGGGUGAAGAAGAAGUCGUCGGAGAGCAGACGGGAGAAGAGGACGAGGACAAGGACGAGACUGACGCAGACGGAACCACGGACGGAGAGGGUGUCUCGAGCAGUCGUCGCGCACGCAGAAGGCGUGAACCAUCGGUCGCCGCCACGGAAGUAUCGUUCCGCGAGAACCGCUUUGCUGUUCAGACGCGUAUCGUAGACGGCAAGAUUGUGCUCGACGAGACUUCCCUUUUUGCCAACUACGGCAACGGCGAGGAGGAUCGAGAUAAUAUGGAGGUCGUCGACGAACGAGAGGGGGACCGUUUCGUCAACGCUUCCACCUACUCACGCAAGCUCGGCAGGAACAAGAAAUGGUCAGCGGACGAGACGGCCAAAUUUUAUCGAUGUCUGCAGCAGUGGGGUACUGAUUUCGAGAUGAUCGCUCGCCUCUUUCCCGGUCGGGACAGGGUGAUGAUCAAGAAGAAGUUCAACGUGGAAGAGAAGAGCAACGCAAAGCUGGUCGACGAGGCGCUCACAAAUUCGGUGCCCGUCAAUCUCGAAGCGUACGCACAGGCCAUUGGUGUGGACCUUUCGGGUCCGCCGCCCGAAAUCAAAGCUGAUCUGCACGACAUUGAGUCGCUGGCUGCCGCCGCUGCAGCGACGGCGGUGGAUGUGGCCGUCAAGAAGCGUGAGGGCACUGCGACCGCCUCUAGCCGCAAAGGUGACCGUAGCGACGCCGAACAAGACGAUGGUGACGACGGCUACGAGUACGAAGAGGUGGUCGAGAUCGACGACGAUGGCAACGAACAGGUGAUCCGUCGCAGGCUGGGCAAGAAGCCGGGUCGCAAAGGCAGCAAAAAGAAGCGCAAUUCGACAAGAACUCACUCGACUUCUACGCCUGCGCCCUCUGCACCCGAACCAGCGUCAGAGCCCGUUGCGUCGGCAAUUGGCACCCACUCCGCGGCGAUUGAUGCAACCGAAGCGAAUCCAAGCACCGGUGCCAAGGCCAGGUCUACCAAGUCGAGCGGACCGCCUUCGAUCGGGAGCCGCAAAAGCACCAGAGCCACACGAAAGCGCGCCGCUUCCAUCAACAGCAGCAAAGAGGCUCCAGGAGACGGCAGAGAAGUUGAAGAGAUUGUUGGCGAGCUAUGA